AUGAAAAAUUUCCUCAGUGGAAGGAAAUUACUCAAGGGAGAAGGAAGUCUGGCCUCCAGGAAGAAAAGCGCUGGGGAAAUAACAAAUAUUCCAGUCAGGCUAAUGAAAAACAUGAGUGAGAAGGAAGAAUUUUUAACGUUUGUCAAAGGGAUUAAAGAUCCGACUGAUCAGACGGUACUGGUUUGGUAUCAGGGAAACCUGCACCUCUUACAUCGUCGACCCUCAAAAUUUCCGAGACAAAAUUUGUGGAAUCCACUUACUCUUAUUGGGCACGAGCUAGAAAAUGCACCAUUGCUUGCUAAAUUUGUGAAUAAGAGCUUUCCCCAAAUUGACGAGUUUACUAGAAAAAUGAAGCAGUUCAGGACUUCAUUCGUAAGGGAUGAUUUGAACAUCAACUUAGUUGAAAAUACAAUCAGAACUAUGAACCACGAAAUGUUUUAUCGCCUGCCUCGAAUGUUUGAUGAAAUUCCCGGAUAUGUUCACGGUCCCGAUUUCAAAAGAAGACACAAUAUUUAUAUUCAAGAAAAUCCCGAUACUUCUCUCUCGGUUAAAGACUAUCCCAACUGUCCACCUCGGUACUAUCAAUAUGCUAAUCCUAAUAAUUUUGUACUUUCUAUGUUUGGUGAAAUCAUUUCAGUACCAAGUCAGUUUGAUAAUGUUUUACCUACGGCAAAGUUUACAGAAAUCCCGGGGUUUGGACAGUUGUGUAUUCCAUCAGACUGA